AUGCUGCCUGUCAGACUAGCGGUCAAUCUUCAACGAUUUCGUCAAAAACCGUUCACUGGCUCUCGAAAUAUCUCCGUUCUUGCAGCAUGUAUGUACCGAAAUGUUGGAAUCCGCCCCAAGCUUCCAAAUGCUGCUUUUAACUCCGUUGUUGUUCCUCGUGUCCUUUCAUCACUAUUAUUUCCCAAAAUUAGCGGUUCAUUCCAUACCUUCUCUACCUUGAGGAAAAGCAAAAAAGCUUCAAAUAAAGCAACUUCAGCCACAAUAAAUACUCUUCAUUCGGAUCUCGCAUGGCAGGCGAUGACGACUCAAAAGCGUUUCCUUGUUUAUGAGGCGGCAAAUGACAAAAAGUUUCGGACUACUAUAAAUGCUGCAUUCCUUGCUACACUCACAGGAUUGGAUAUGUAUCGUUCUAAUGAAAUCAAUCUUCAGAAUUGGAACACUUGCAGUUAUUUUGAAAAGAUAUCUCGAAUAGGCUCUUGCUUUGUCAUUCCCUUACUUUAUUUGGGAGUUGCUUUUCUCAUAUUCUUGCCUCGAAGAACCAUUCAUUCUCUGUCUACUUUACCAGCCCGUCAAGUUGAAUUGAAGACGGGUCUUCCGGGGCCCAACAACAAGCUUUAUUUUGAAAAGUCUAUUGUCCUACCUCGGAAUCAGGUUUCCCUUCUCUCACAAUCCAUUGACAAAAAUCCCAUGGUUUUGAAGGUGAAAGGUACACCCUUCUUUUAUCUUUUAGACGCUAACGGCACCUUUACUGGUGGAUCUAAAAAUAUCUUACCUUGUGUAAUUCCAACACAACAUUUUGGAAGCUCUAAAAAAUAG